CGAAUUUAUAAAUUUUUAUUAAAACAAAAAAAAUAAGGCACUAUCGUAAUAAUUACAUUCUGGCAACGAAAAUCCACACUUAACAAUAGGCAGGUACGAAAUAAACUAAACUGUUGGACAAAGAAGCGGAACAAACGAAUUUUUAGAUUAACUUGAAAUUCCAAUAUUAGGGGAACCAAAAAAGAUAUCAAUCAGCAGUUUACAAAAAUUAACUUUUAAAUUAUGCAAACCACUCAUUGAUAUCUUUUUAAGUUCACGUGAUAUUGAAAUUUAAAGUUAAACUAAAAAUUCGCUUGUUUUGCUUCAUUUGUUCAGCAGUUUAUAUAGUAUGAUAAGAAAAGUUUCAAGUUUCAAUUAACACGUUGAUAUUCAAAACUUCUACUUUACUUAAUUCUGAAACUAAAAUACCUAAUUAGAAUAAGUGUUGAAAUUAAAGAAGGUGCAUGGUGCAAUAUAACUAAAUAAUUUUAAUUGAGUUAAUAGAGUCUUAAAAUAAGAACAAUAAAAUAAUAAUACAUAGUUGAUUGGGGCACAAGCGCUGACCCCCAUAAAACAUCAAACAUUUGAUUUUUCUAAUGGAACUAUUUUGCUAACUUCCUUUUCGUUCCUUUCUUCCAUUUUUUAUCACCCUCUUUCAUUCCUAUUCCAUAUCUAGCACAAUAAGCAUCCAUAUCAUACUUCUUCCUCAAACUAUAAUCCACCAUAAACCUAAUCUUCCCAAAUAUCUCUCUUUCCCUCCAACCCUGAUCGUGCACUCCACAAAUCGACCACAUAACCCCUACAAAGCCAUUGGGACAAUUUCCAUCCAAUGCAAAAGUGUCAUUCAGCCACAAAGCAAAUUCCAAGGCUUCUUCGGGCGAUUUGGUCCAUUCCAAGAUUUUCUUACACCAAUACAUUCGCAUGUAGCCAUGUAUUUUUCCUUCUUUUAAUGCUUGAAGUUGAGCUGCAUUCCACAUUUCAUCAUGAGUUUGAGAUUUUUCUAAUUCUUCUCGUGUAUAAGUGUAGGUACGUUUAUCAGAUUUGUGUAAUAUAAGUGAGCUUUUAGCCCAAUCAGCUGCCCCUUCAAUACUAUCAUAGUUUUUAUUGUAGAGGCAAUAAUUUUCAGCUAGUUCCUUACGGACAAUUAAUUCUUCAAGAUAUUUUUCCACUUGCUCUUUAUAAAUUGAUUCAAGGCUUUUAGUUUCUAAGGCAAUACGUUGAGCUGAUAUUUGUCCAAAAGUAAUCCAAUAUGAUAAAUUUGAUGUGUGAUUUUUAGAUGGGUCAUUGCUAGUUACUCCAUAAUGCUUGAGGCCAUUUUGAAGAAAUUUGUAUAAGGCUUCUAGACCUUCAUUAGAACCUGCUUUAUUGCUUACAGGCUCAACUUCCCAAAGAGUUUCAAUAAGAUUUGAAAUUUCAUCAUUAUCUAACUUAUUAAGGCAUUUGACUUGUAUUUUUUCCGUAUGAGGAUGCUUAAAAACUUGAGGAUAUCCUGUUAAAUAUUCAGAUAGUUUUUUAUUGAUUUUAGGUCUCAAAGUUCUAGCCAUAUGUUCUUGUUUAUCGGAAGCUAUCCAUGCAGGGACAAUAUUAUGAGCAUCAACUUGAACUAAUGGUACAUCCCCUGGAAGAUCUAAUCGAAAUGUCGAACCUGACAUCCCCCAAAAAGAAGCCAGCCCGAUUGAAAAAAUUUAAAAGGCACAAUCAAGUACAUUCUCCACCAUUUCUAUCGCCUACAAGAAGUCCUACAUCCGACAACAGGGACAUAACUUCCGUAUUUUCCGUUAAAAAACCAGCAACUAAAUAUGACGAAGACGAUACCACCGAGACAAUAUCGGAACUUUCCGAUGAUGUUUUGUCUCAAGAAAAUUAUAGUCCAGGAAAAUCUUUAAGAUUAAAUGAGAAGUUGAAUAAAUUUAAAAAAUCCUUGGAAAAAAUUCGGAACGAGAGUGGCCAAAUAGAUGAAAAAAUAAAGUCAGUACGAAGCAAAUUUCAACUUGAGGAAAAUAAACAUGAAACAAGAGAUUUUUUGUUUAUGAAUUCUAACUUUGAUGAUCCAGAAAAGGAAAACAUUGACUUCUUGGUACAAUACAUGCCAGCACAGCAUCUUAAAUUCAACAUAAAUCUAGCAGAAAAGGACAAUUUAUCAUUUUUCAAUAGGCACAAUUUUAUUCAGGAACGCUCCAUUAAAAAUGUAUUCAAUCCAGUUACUCUGCAAACAUUUAAACCCAAUUCUGUGGAAAACUAUGGAAAACUGACAACUUACCUUCCUCCAAAGCCUCCAAUAGUACAAAUGCAAGAAGUUGUUGUGAUAAAAAACAACAUUUUAGAAUUUUCCGUGUCUCAGCUCAAAUUUUUCCAUCAUCCGUUGUUUAGUUUAGAACAUGUUUUACAAGAGAAACUAAGGCAGCUUUUUGAGAAAUAUUCCAAUGAAUUCCAAUUAUUGGAAGAUUGGAAAAAUGCUAGAGAUGAAGGUGUGAAAGGAAUUCGAAAAUUGAGGGAGAAUUUGUUCAGAGAAGGAAAAAUGCAAAGGGAACGGUUGAAGAAUAUUUUGAAUGUUUGGAAAGCUGUAAAAAAACUGAGAUCAACUCAAAAAGCCUCUAACACAACCAUACGACUAAUAAUCAAAAAAGAUUUGACAAAUCUACAAGAAGAAACUGAAAGUUACAAUUCAUUAUUUAAAGAAAUGAUGAAAGAUAUAAUGAAUGAACAUAAAGCAACAUACAAGAGAAAAAUGAAAGAAUAUAAUGAAAAACUAAAAUCAAAAUCCGAGGAAUCAGAAAAUUCGGAAACAAGUGAAAUGGGAAAACCUACUUUCGAUGUUGAUAAAGGGAAAAUUGAAAGUGAACUUAGGAGAAAGUUUCAGGAAAGUUUUCGACCUCCAGGGGAACCCAAAGUAAUUCUCUACCUAAACUACGACCAAGAAAUAACCAACGCCCCCAACGAUCAAGAAAACGAUAGACGUAAAGUUGCGUCGACCACAAAAUUUACGUUGAAAAUUCUUUGCAAUAAUAUACCAGUUUGCAAGUCCAGAUCCGUGAGUUUGGAUGAGAACUUUUCCUUGGACAUAAACGAAAUGUUUUCCGUUCAAUUAACUGACGUGCCCCGGUUUUUGGAUUUGGAGGUUUAUGAACAUCCCAAAGGGCUUCUCAAAAAGAAAAUCGCUGAUUUAAGAAUCGAAAUCCCCAUAACUACGGCCCUUUACACUAACGCGGAAUUCGCAGAGACUCGUUUCGAACGAAGAGAAAUCGUCCAUUAUAAACAUUCAGGUGUAGGCAGUGGCUACAGCCUAACAAAAAUCAUAGAAGACAACAAUGUAGAUUUUGACAUUAAGGAGCUAGAUUUGAGCAAUCGGGAGCUAUACACCAAAGGCUUGUUGGAUUAUAAAAUAGGAUGGCAAGGUUGUGAAUUGAAAAAUACCCAGACGAGAAGUGAUAACGUGUCACUUAUCAGAGAAAUGUCAGAAAUUAUUAAUAAAUGGGGAAGUGUGGACGAGGAACGGUUAGAACAUUGGUUAGAAGGAAAAAGCUUGAACUUAAAUGACCUGAGUAAAGUGGGGUUGAUUGAAUUUUUGGACUCCAUAAAUAUAAGGGAAAUUCGCGAAUGGAAAAAAGAAAACAAAUAUUUCAGGCUAAGUCCUUAUGCAGACGAAUUAGAAUUCUGUAAAAUCGAAGAUAUCCAGAAAAACAUCAGAUUCCAAUACUUAAAGCUACGAGAUCAAAAAGAGCUCGAAUUUGAUGGCACAUUGAUACCCAAUAGGAUAAGAGAGAUUAAUUUUGGGCUUCUGAACGAUUUGAAAAAGCGAAAAGCCUUGGAAGCAAUUCAAGAUGACGAAUUCGAAGAAGACCCAGACAGUCUUCGAGAUACUGGAAGAAGACGUCUGAAACAAAUCUACACGAAGAUUUUUAACAAGUGCAAAAGUCUGGACAAUAAUUUGAGCUACGAGAGCGUGGUGGACGAGAAAUAUUUAAUACAUUUUGAAGACGUGGUCAAAACCUCUUUGAAAAACAUUUUCAAUUGGUUCCGAUGGCAACCAAAACUAACCACACCACUACCAAAAUUGACGAAAAAUCGCAAACGAGAAGACAAAAAAGAAAUUAUGCCAAAACCGCAAAACAAAAUUAUAAUUAAAGUGCUUGGAGGAAAAAAUGUACCACAACGGAGAAUCCAUGAUUCGGUCCGUGAAGAUGAAGUGAAACCGUAUCUGGAACUCAGUUAUGAGGAUUUCAGUAGUAAAACUAUCGUGGCAACUGGUAGUGAUCCUGUGUGGAAUAGCUUGGUGGAAUUACCAUUGGAGUAUCAUCAUACUGAUUAUCUGAAUCCCAAUGCUCUGAGUGGCUCAAUUUCUGUCAAUCUUUUCGACUGCAUCCAAGAAACAGCUCCGGAAAAUGAAAUUCUUGAAAAAAAUUGGCUCGGAGAAGUGAAAAUACCUGUUGCCGAGUUAUCUACAGGAAUAAAUCUGUCUGGAUGGUUCCUUAUAAAAAAGCCACCAAUGCUAUUUGGAUAUCAAACGUUCGAAGAAAAACAAAUUUCAUCUACCAAAUCACCUAAACAGCACAAAACUUCUUCUGAUGAAACCUAUAUUCAUAUGGAUUUGUGUGUUUCACCCAGUAUGCCUACAUUGGAACCUAACAUGAUCGAUCUGCAAACCAAUGACGUGGCCUAUAUCAAAGAUCACGUUCUCAAAUGGAUGGAUGUAUUUAAUUCAAAUUUUCCCAGUAGAAAAAUAAGUGCUGUGGCUAUUGAUACCAAUGGCCGUAUGAAUUGUAUCACACGAUUCCUGAGACCUUUGGAACCACCUCAAUUAAACAAUGAAGAAUUCGAUAUGACAGCUGAACAAUGUCUUAGAUACGUUUCUUUAAUACCAUUCACGGAAGGCAAUCAUUUUUACCAACAUAUUUGGUUGACAUCACAUCAAUUUUUAAAUUUAAUGAUUGGAUCCAUAGUCGACCACUGUGUUACACUAACUUGUUUUCUAUUGGCCUUAAAGCUAGACGUAUAUUUGUUGUUUGGCUAUGGUUUACCGCGUGGCUCUACUUGCUACGUGCUCAUGUCUGAAUAUACCAGAGACUCAGAUAUACCAAAUUAUUCGAUUUUGGAUGUAGUCUAUAAUGAAAAAAUUAAUUUAACUGAUCCUUAUUGUCCGUUACAGAGAAUUUAUUGUGUGGUUAAUGGAGAGAAUGUUUGGGGCAACGUCCAGAGAACUCAAAAUUCAGCUUUUCUCCGGUUCGAUUUGACAAGAAAAUCCGAUUGGUGGCCUUUGUUCGAUAACAACAUUUCAGCGCCAACCAAUUUUGUUAAUAAUAAUAUAAGUUUUGCUUCGGACAGAGAUUUCGAAGACGUCGAAAGACAGUUGGACAGGAAAUUGAAAAGGAAAUUUGCCAGAUGGAGACCGAUGCAGAGGACGAUUUUUAAUCAUCGAAUAUCUGACACUUUCAAGAGCAUUCUAAAUCACUUUGAAAUGAACGCCAUGUUCGGAAAGAGCAAUACCGAGGCCACUUUGGAAGUUAACAAGGCAACAGCUCAAUACAAUAUCAAUGGCCUCAUCCUCAACUUUCCCUACACAAGUCUGACAAAUAUACUGAAAAAAAUUAAAGAACUAAACAUCCACGUUCAGUCACAAGAAAUAACGGAAUUUGCGUUGAGCAUCCUCAUUCAUUGUUAUCCUGGACAAGUCCUAUCUGUAUGGAUAUUUAUUGGAGCAAUACAUAAUAAGUUUGAUUUUUAGUUAAUUGAUAUAGCGGACCACUAUUAUUGUUAUAGGUAUUUUAUUUUACUAUUGGGGUAUUAUUCAAGUACAUUUGUAGCGUGUGAACUUUGCUUUAUUUAAAAAAAUAAUAUUUUUAACAAAUAAAUUAAUUUAAUAGAAAUUAUUUAAACUAUUGGCCCAAAUAAAGGCCAAAUGUCUAUAAUCUGGAAAUAAAUAUAGUGGUCUAAAUAUUCAGCAAUAAUUUGUUUUAUUCCGUUAAAAAUGGCAGAGAGGGAAUUGAUAAUUUGAACUUAGGUAAGUCAAAAUAUGAUAUGUUCUGCUCAGGUUUAAAGUAUAACAAGACGGAAUAAAAAUAUAUCACCAGUAAUUUUUGGACCACUUUGUACAAUAAGAUAAAUAAACAAAAUAUACAGACAAAAUCUCAAAAUACGUUAUCACUUCCUUAUAAUUGCUAAUAAUAGGUUUUAGCCACAUUUAAAGCUGACUUUUGAACCUAACUUAAUUUAAAUUUUCAAAAAACAAAUUGUAGCAACAUUGGAUUCUAAUUACUCCUAGCUCUAUAAUAUUUUUGCACACAAAAAAUAAAUUAUUGAUAGGUCCAAAACGAAAACAAAACAAAUCUAAAAAAGAUUAUUCGAAUGAUUACCUACAGCCGCAGGCGGUACUAUAACCUCUUCCGCUUCUAACGCUGUCUCUGCAAAUUGUGCAUUCUCUUCGACGGUACUGGUACUGCUCCCCACGCUACUCGUCGAGGUUUCUUUAUUUUUAUUGCCCAGCGACACUGUCACUGAACAUGAUUGGCUGUUAACGUCUUCGCUGGAAGGACAUUCAAAGUGGACACAAUGG